GGAAGAGGGAGCGUGCGAGAGGACGGGGACUGGGAGGCUAACGAGCUCUUCGGCGAAGUGAAGAACCCAUUCGGCAACUGUUGCGGAAAGAUGAUGGAGCUCGUCCUGAGUGGUGAUACGUUGUGUGUAACCUCCAACGAUGGCAGUGGAAUGGAUAGCAACCCAAAUCUUGCAAUUUGGGAGGGAAGGGGCUUCUUGCAGCGAAAACCACGGCAGCCAACAAGGACAAGACAAAGACAAGAAACGACCUAUUUCUCGCUCAUCUCGUGCAGGAAUCCAGUUUCCUGUGGGUCAUAUCCAUAGACAGCUGAAACAAAGGGUCCAGGCCAAUGGACGUGUUGGGGCCACUGCUGCAGUAUACUUGGCCUCAAUUCUUGAGUAUCUGACUGCUGAGGUUCUUGAACUGGCAUUUGAUUUCGACGGCGGUGGCAUCAAUGACCGCCAUGGCUGUGCGAGAUUGAAGAUGGAGGUUGGGUUUCCUGAUUACACCUGUAAUGCUCUUAAGGAGAUUCUUCAUGGCAGAGUUAUCAUAAAGCUUGGAUCCAUGGUCGGAAACCCCAACGACCUUGAUGACCAACCACCUGGGGCUUCUCUCAGCAUAGAAGGCCUUGUAAUGGGCGUCGGGGGAAGCCAACUCUUCGUCAAGCACUACGCCCACAUUCAGCCGAUUUGGUUUUUGUAGGUUCUCGGUGGAUGAGGCUCGAUUUGGCCAACCCUUAGUGGUGGUCUGAGGUGUUGACGAUGGCGAUUUGUGGCUCAACGUUUCUAGAGAUGAAGCUGAUGUGACAAACAAUUUGUAUUUUUAAAAUUCAAAAUUGACACGUAUUAUUCCACGUAUGAGAAAAAUAGGACAACUCAUUAAGUUUUGGCCAACGAGGCAGCUCUACCGUUAAAAUUUUGACACCGUAACUGAAAAGGAUUAACUUGACUCGAUUUUUCACAAGUUGGGACCACUUUGAACUUUUCUAAAAAGGUAGGACCACUUUGAACAAUCCCCCUCUUUCUAGGGACCAAAAGAGGUA